GAGAGAAGAGGUGCAAAGCAUGGAGAGAGGUGGAUCGGGGCUCGAUCUCCCUGGCUUCAGAUUCCACCCCACGGAGGAAGAGCUCCUCGACUUCUACCUCAAGCGGAUGGUGCUUGGAAAGAAGCUUCAGUUUGAUGUCAUCACCUCCAUCAAUCUCUAUCGCCAUGAGCCUUGGGAGCUCCCAGGGUUGGCCAGGAUGGGGGAGAGGGAGUGGUACUUUUACGUUCCGAGGGACCGCAGGCAAGCCAGUGGAGGACGGCCGAGCCGAACGACGGAGCGGGGGUUCUGGAAGGCGACCGGGUGCGACCGGCCGGUGCGCAGCGCCACGGACCCCAAGCGGCUCAUCGGCCUCAAGAAGACGCUGGUGUACUACGAGGGCCGGGCGCCUCGCGGCUCCAAGACCGACUGGGUCAUGAACGAGUACCGCCUCCCCGACCCGCCGCCGAGCUCCUCCGACGCAACACCCAAGGAGGACAUAGUGUUGUGCAAGGUAUACCGGAAGGCGACGUCAAUGAAGGAGCUGGAGCAGCGGGCGGCGGCCAUGGAAGAGGACAUGAACUCUGGGUCGUCGAUGACGGACUCGUCGCCGGGGUGGCCCGAUCAGGACAGCUUCCAGCUGGGACCUCCAGCAGGCGUGGAUGACGUUAUCCUGAUCGAGGACACGGAGGAGGAGAAGAUGGCAGCGGCAGUGGCAGCAGCGGCGGCGGAAUUAAUGGAGGAGAAAGAAGAGGUGGUGGCUGCCGCGGGGGCGUCGACUCGGCGGCCGAGUCUCCCCGAAUUGGAGGUUCCAAAGAGCAGCGGGAUGGAAUGGCUGCAGGACCCGUUCUUGACUCAGCUGAGGAGCCCAUGGCUGAUGGAUUUCUGGUCUCCUUCUUUUAACAGCAUACUCAACUUCUAAAUUUGAAUCAAAACCAACGAUCAUGUUCGAGUUGAGCAGUGAUCGAUAGAAAGCUUAAUACGGUUUGUU